AUUCUGGCUGGUGCCUUGGUCCUUGACACAUAUUUGUGCUCAGGUACCAUUUAAUAUUACAUGCAGACUGAAACCCUCACAUGGCUAACCAUCUCUCCUUCCCCCUCCUCCUCUUCAUCAUCUUCUACAGAGUCUCAGCAGGGAGGCAUGUGUCUGUGCAGACAGGAGGCUCCAUCACCAUCCCAUGUAGCUAUGAUCAGUAUUACAUAAACCACGUGAAGUACUGGUGUAAAGGGUAUGGUUGGACUCAUUGCUCCUCUGUAGUACGCACUGACCAUCCUAAGAGUACUGAUAGGGCGUCAAUCUCUGAUGACAUCACCCAGAAAGUCUUCACUGUGAUCAUGACUGAUCUGGAGCCAGACGACUCUAAUACUUACAGGUGUGUUGUGGAGAUCAAUGGAGGAACAGAUAGCAUGAUACAACUGCUCUACCUAUCUGUCACUCCAGGUACUCCAGAACUCUAUGUGGACCAACAGGAAGUGACUGGAGUAGAAGGAGGGAGUGUCACUGUCUGUUGUUACUAUAGUAACUCUGGAGAUAUGAAGUGGUGCAGGAUGGGUGGUGAUUGUGUGAGUGGGUUUUCUGGGACUUUAAAUGGAACAUCAGUGACAUUAACGCGGACUAGUGAUGCCAACAACAGAACAGUCUUAACAGUGACUAUGAGUGGACUGAAGAUGGAGAACACUGACUGGUAUUGGUGUAGAGUUGGAGAACUAGAGAUGCCUGUUCACAUCACUGUCAGUCAACAAACUGCAACACAGAGAACCUCUAAGAUGACCUCAACAACCCAAGAUCCAACCUCUCAACAACCCUCUGCCUCUCCAACUGCUGAGCCUGUUCAGACUGACAACACAAGUCAAGGAGCUGAGGGGAACAUGGAGGAAGUCCACCAGAGGUCUGUGAAAGUCCUACUCAUCUCUCUGGGCAUGUUGGUGGUGGUGACAGCUGGUAUCCUGGUAACAUGGAAGAUGUGGAGAAGGCAUAAGGACAAUAAGGCCAAGGACCAGACAACUAACAACUCAGUGGUAGGAUACACUUAUUUAAUUGUAUUAUUUUCAACCAUCUGCUUUUCUGUUCUUGAUCUGGGAUCAUCUACCAUUUGACUCCAGCGUU